UUUUCUCGUCGUCUACGCGCGUGUCGAGUACGAUAUUUCCAUUUUUGUUAUAAUAAUUUCUACAUUUCAACGAUAUACUACAACAAUUACUUUAUAUAUUAAAGUACAACUAGGAUGUCGGAACCACAAAGAGGCCGAGGAAGAGCUCGCGGACGAGGCGGCGAUGGGGGCCAGCCGCCCCGUAAGCCGGGGGAGCAGCGGGCCCCUGCGCAGCAGCAGCCGGGGCCGUCGGGCCCCCGUCCGCAGCCGCCGUCCGCUUGGGGCCCGCCCACCGCCACGCCGGUGGUCCGCGCUGGCAUGCCCAAGCCGACGUCCGCCGGACGAGCCUCCCAUAGGACCACACCAUCCACCCACGAUCACCCCGGAGAUGUAGACAUCCAGCAGAGACUGCAGAAUGUCACCAUCAGUGAGACUCAAGCGGGAGCCGGCGGUGACCCUGCCGCUGCUAUUGUCGGACGAGGAUCUCGUCGUGGUGGUGGCAGAGUGCUUCCCGAACAGAUAACUAUAAAGAGGACUAGACCUGAGAACAUCACUUCUAAAAAGGGCACAACUGGCAAGCCAGUUGAUCUCAGGGCCAACUAUUUUACGGUGCAAUCCACACCAGGCUGGCAACUUCACCAGUACCAUGUGGACUUCUCACCGGAAGAAGAUAAUACAGCCAUCAGGAAGGGCUUGCUCAGAGUCCACAAGAAUACUCUUGGAGGGUAUCUCUUUGAUGGCGCCGUCUUGUAUACGGUUAAUAAACUGCAUCCCGACCCUCUGGAACUGUACUCUGAUAGAAGAGAUGGCGAGCGCAUGAGGAUCAUGAUCAAGUUGACUUGCGCUGUGAGCCCUGGCGACUACCACUACAUACAGAUAUUCAACAUCAUCAUCCGCAAGUGCUUCAGCCUGCUCCAACUGCAGCUGAUGGGCCGAGACUUCUUCGAUCCUGUGGCCAAGAUUGACAUUCCCGAGUUCAAGCUUCAAGUUUGGCCCGGCUACAAGACAACUAUCAAUCAAUAUGAAGACCGUCUUCUUAUGGUCACUGAGAUCACACACAAGGUACUCCGUUUAGACACAGUACACCAGAUGCUUGCAGAAUAUGCCAAUACCAAGGGUGCCAACUUCAAGAGAAUAUUCUUGGAAGAUGUAGUUGGCAAAAUCGUGAUGACCGACUACAACAAGAAAACAUACAGAGUGGAUGAUGUUAACUGGUCGGAGAAUCCUCGCUCCACCUUCAAAACAAAAGACGGUGAUAUCUCGUAUUUGGAUUACUAUUUCAAGCGCUACAACAUCCGCAUCAAGGAUGCUACCCAACCGCUCCUAGUGUCUCGGUCUAAGGCCCGCGACAUUCGCGCCGGCCUCCCCGAGCUGGUGUACCUUGUGCCCGAGCUGUGUAGGCAGACGGGCCUGGCGGACGACAUGCGAGCCAACUUCCAGCUCAUGCGCGCCCUAGACAAGCACACCAAGAUCGGACCAGACGUGAGGAUCAGGAAGCUGCUCGACUUCAACCGACGGUUCACUCAGAAUAAAGAGGUUGUUCAGGAAUUAGGAACAUGGUCGCUGAAAUUGUCAAAUGAACUAGUCCGCUUCAAGGGCAGACAAUUGCCAGUGGAGAACAUUGUACAAAAUGAAGGAAGAGUCAAGUAUCCGGCCGGCUUGACCACUGAAGGCUGGACCAAGGACAUGAGAUCCAAACAUUUGUUAACUUUGGCCUCGUGUCCUUCCUGGGUUGUGAUUACCCCAUCGCGCCUCAGGGAGACGCAAAACUUUGUCGAUUUAAUCAUGAAAACUGGCCACGGAGUCGGUUUCAAUCUUCCUAGACCAGAAUACGUUUACAUCGAUCGCGACAGUGCCGUCGAGUACGCGAAUACUUGUGAGCAAGUCAUCGCUAAAAAGAAUCCCGCACUCAUCUUGUGUGCGUUGGCAAGAAACUUCUCUGAUAGGUACGAGGCGAUCAAGAAGAAGUGCACCGUGGACCGCGCGGUGCCGACGCAGGUUGUGUGCGCGCGCAACAUGACUAGCAAGUCUGCCAUGUCCAUUGCCACCAAAGUUGCUAUACAGAUUAAUUGCAAGCUCGGCGGCGCGCCUUGGACCGUGGAGAUCCCGAUCAAGAACUUCAUGGUGAUCGGCUACGACGUGUGUCACGACACGCGCUCCAAGGAGAAGAGUUUCGGCGGCUUCGUCGCCAGCAUGGGCCGUAUGAUGUCCGACUACUACUCAUGCGUGAACGCGCACACGAGCGGCGAGGAACUUAGCGGACACAUGGCGUUCAACAUGGCGAGCGCGCUGCGCAAGUACCGCGAGAAGAACGGUGACCUUCCGACGCGUAUAUUCGUGUACAGAGACGGCGUAGGCGACGGACAGAUUGAAUAUGUGCUGUCACAUGAGGUUGCGGAAAUGAAGAAAAAGCUAGCGGAGGUGUAUGAAGGAGGUGAAUUUAAGUUCACAUUCAUCAUCGUGUCCAAGCGCAUCAACACCAGGAUUUUCCUGGAGAUGGGCCAGAGUAUUCAGAAUCCGCAGCCUGGUACUGUCAUUGACGAUGUCGUGACCCUGCCAGAAAGAUACGAUUUCUACCUCGUCUCGCAAAACGUUCGCGAGGGCACCAUCGCUCCGACCUCAUACAACGUUAUCGAGGACUCUAGUGGACUGACGCCCGACAAGAUCCAAUACCUGACUUACAAGCUGACGCAUCUGUACUACAAUUGCUCGAACCACGUCCGCGUGCCCGCCGUGUGUCAAUACGCGCACAAGCUCGCCUUCCUCGCCGCCAACAGCCUGCACAGCCAGCCGCACUACAGCCUCACCGACACGCUAUAUUUCCUGUAAACUACCUACAGUCGCGGAGCACGCAGAAAUUGUACGAUCGAAGAAAUUCAUUCAUAGGCAGUUGAGUGUUGACGGACCUACGUCAUUUGGUUAGCUUUUGUCUGUCGGAUGAGUUUAUGAGUUUGACUUAACGCGACGAAAUUACUUAGAUCCUCCAACUGCCUAGGAAUCAACUUCUCUGAUAGUUCUUGGAAAUCACUUCUAUCACUCUCGAACGAAAAUGUAGCUGUCGCAGACGCGUGGCAGCUUUAUGUUCGUGCGUGAAUGAAAAAGCGCAAUCGGUAUAUCAUCAAAGAUUUACAGAUGAUUCAUAGGCAGCUGGCGAACGUGAUUUUGUCAAUGUAUGUCAAACGCAGUCGAGAGAUGCAGCAUUGACAUAACACGACAAAAUAAAGUAAGUCCGUCAUCUUCCUAUGGAUCAAAUUCAGUCGACACGUUGACCGAUUGCACUUUUUUAUUAGCGCACAAAAAUAAAUCUUUCUAGCGAUAGUUAUAUUUUCGUUGGCGAGUGAUCAGUUAGUGCACAAAUUUCUACGUUUUCCGCGGCCAGACUAUAACAUAAAUACGUGUAGACGAAACUCGAGAUUGAUAAUAAAAAAUUAGUCAAUAUCUGACAAAUUUUUUAUUAUCAAAGUUAUUACGACUUACAUCUACUUGUGAUUGUAUUAGGAUAGAAGCGACUCAACGGAGUGCCAUAAAUAAGCGACACAAACAAAUAGAAUAAAAAGUACGUUUAGAUCUCUUUCUUUUUCUAUUCCUCGUCGCUAGUCGCUAUUUCUUAGUCUGAGAUUCGAUCGCGUUGUUAAGGAGGGCUCGUAUUUUGUUAUUUUAUAAGGAUUUGAAAACUUGGAUAUGACUGUUUUGAGUAAAUAUACGUCAAUGACCAAUGAUACUACCUCGUACUCGCGUGCUGUGAAGUUAACGCUAGUUGAUAUAAACAGUUAUUAUAACUAAAAAUCAAUUCUCAAUCAUAAUUUUAUUAAAGUUGUGUAAGAUUUAAUGUUGCUAAAUGUGUACAAUAAUGGUGUUAUAGGCAGAAAAUGUAAAACUAAGUACAGGGGAGUUAGCAGCCGCUCAUAGUUUCUUACCAACCAGUAGUUGCAUUUUGAUGCAUUUGGCGAGAAUUAAGAUCUUGUUUUUGUUUCUCGAUUAUUAUUUUUUUAGUUUUAGCAGUAUUUUAAUACUUUGCACUGGAAACAGCGCAAUAGUUUAGUUUUAAGAACUACAUAAUGUACGAAGAUUUUUCUUUUUUUUUUAGAAUUAAGUACUUGACAGAUGUCUAUGCUUUAUAUGUUUAUGUCAGUUGCCUUUGCCACACUUGUGUGGAUAUCUGUAUAUGCAAAAGAAUAAUAAAAAUACCGAUAAAGUUGCAAAAGCUAAGAUAUAUUUUUAGAAUAUUUUUCUAUUUAUAACAAAAAUUUCUAGCAAGCAAUAAGUGAAAACUUUUCAUGUCAGUACAAUGGUAGUUUGAAAAUGUUUAGUCCUUUUCCUUUCUUUAAGUUAAAUACAUUUUGCUUUUGUGCUCUGACGACCUAGUGCGGCUAUGGCAAAUUCAAUUUCAAGUUGGCCGACUAUCGUACAACUAAAUUGCGUAGUUUCACAAUUUAAUUGGACAACUUUUUAAUUGUGGGUAAUCGGAAGGGAAUCGCGGUUCUGAUACGAUUGGUGUCCAAUUAUUUAAUCCAUCGAUCGUGGAAUAACGAGACACAAUAGCUUAUCUAUUGUUAUCGCGGCCGGAUGCGGCCGCUUAUUAAUUGUACAAUUAUUUACCUACCUAGUUAGAUGCAAUGUGCGAGCUCUCAUAAGUCGCUUUAAUAGCUAUUGGUAUACUAU